AUGUGCUACGGGAGUGGUUGUGGUUGUGGUGUGUUCCAGCAGGCUGAGGACUACAGCUUCCUGGACAACGGGCAGGUAGCGCACAUCCUCGCCGGUCCGGGCGGUGUGCCGGAGGCGGAGCGGCUGCAGGGCCGCGGGGGCGUGCCCGCCGGCUUCGAGGCCCGCCUGCCGCCGCCCGCGGCCAACCUCAGCGCCAGGGACGGCACGUGGCAGAUCGUCUCCGGGACCAGGUACAAGUUCUUCGUGUUCUCGGCGUUCUACGACGCGCGGGACGAGCGAGUGGUGCGCGUCAUCGGCGCCACCAAGACGCGCGGCCCCGAGCGCGUGUGGUGCCGCCUGUGGUACCCGCCCGCCAACUCCACCACCACCAACGCCACCAGCCUGCCCUCCGUCUCCGUGCCCGCCAAGGUCAAGGUGAUCCGCGAGAACUGGAACCUGAAGUACAGCGCGUGCUUCGUGCUGUGCCCGCUGGGCCGCAACCUGAGCGCGCCCUCCUCGGUGUCGGUCGUGAGCCGCCUGCGGCUGCCGCCCGCUAACCGUCUGCUGGUGCGCAACACGCCGACCGACCCCGAGCUGCGCAACGGCUCCGCGCAGGGGCAGUCGCAGCAGCAGCCGCCCACGCCGCCGGAGGGACUCGCCGUCUGCGUCAAGCCUCUGCACUUCUCCUACAACCAGGCGCUGCAGCUGGUGGAGUUCCUGGAGCUGAACUCUGUGCUGGGCGCGCGCCACUUCACGCUGUACAACCACACGCUGGGCCCGGCCGUCGACUGCGUGCUGCGCGACUACGUGGCUCGCGGCACCGUCACGCUGCUGCCCUGGCAGCUCAACAUGGCGUCGCAGAAGGAGAUCCGCACCGAGGGCCUGUUUGCCGCGCUCAACGACUGCCUGUACCGCAGCAUGUACCGCUACUCGCACGCCGCCCUCAUAGACCUCGACGAGUUCAUCAUCCCGCGCCACAACGACACCAUCCCCCAGCUGCUCAGGAGUAUAAAGGAGGAGAAAGUGAACAUGGACUACUCGGCAGGGCUGAAGAAAAGGCUGGUGAUGGGCCGGGUCAGGUGGCUGGGCACGCGCCUCAACACGCGCGCCACCGGCUCCUACUCGUUCCAGAACGCCUUCUUCUACCUGCAGUGGCCGGACGACGCGGAGGCGGCCGCCGGCUCUUCGCUGCUGACGCUGCGCAAGACGCGCCGGCGCGCCAAGCUGCACCCGCACAAGCAGCGCUCCAAGUACGUGUGCCGGCCCGAGCUGGUGGUCGAGGCGGGCAACCACUUCGUGUGGGAGCUGGCGCCCGGCCACGGCACGCUCAACGUGCCCGCCGACGCCGCCAUCCUGCACCACUACCGCGUCUGCGAGUUCGGUGGCGACGACUGCGUCAAGACGCCGUCGGUGGUGGACCGCAUGGUGCACCGCUACCGCGAGAGGCUGGAGGCGCGAGUGCUGGCCCGCUGGCGGGAGCUGAGGGACCGCUGCCACCUGCCGCAGUUCCAGGUCUCCUCGGCGGCCUCGGUUACCAGCUAGCGGCCCGCCGCUACGGCUGAAGCGACUCUCCACGGCCUCACAGCUCUCCCGUCUCGCUGACAGCUGCGGGUUGGGCGUGUCGAUAGGCAUUUCGGCAAAUGCAGGUCGGGCAGACUGGAACCAACUCAGGUAGUAACAAUGCGAAGUACUGGACUACGGGAAGGUGGCCUAUAUACUCCGAGGGAAGACAGACUCUACCUCCACGGUGUCAUCAGGAAAGCACGGAAUGCACUAAAAACGGAAUCCGAUUAUUCUAAAACAAAUUACCUGGAGCGACCUGCCGACCGAUUUAUUGGUCUCACAAGCAUGCUGUCCCAGAGUCUCCUGUUGUACGAAAGAUGUACAAUUGAUAUAUGAGGCUUUAAAUAACCUCUUCCCUAUAUAACUCGUACAUUAAGUGUUGUCCGGAGCAAACCUAAUAUUCAUGAACUGCUUCUGCUUCAUAUUACAAAAUGUGUGUUGGCCUAUUAACGACUAAAGUGACCUACAAAUUUUCAAUCUACACAUAUUAUUUUCUAGUAUACACUGACACUAUACAAGGUCGUAAAUAAUUCUAGUUUCCACGCAGAUACCUAGAUCCUUUGCUGAUACGUUUAAUACUUUUUUCUUCUUAAAACAACAAUGUUUGUUGUUGUUGUUGUUGUUGUUGUUGUUGUCUUCAGUCCUGAGACUGGUUUGAUGCAGCUCUCCAAGCUACUCUAUCCUGUGCAAGCUGCUUCAUCUCCCAGUACUUACUGCAGCCUACAUCCUUCUGAAACUGCUUGGUGUACUCAUCUCUUGGUCUCCCUCUACGAUUUUUACCCUCCACGCUGCCUUCCAAUACUAAAUUGGUGAUCCCUUGAUGCCUUAGAACAUGUCCUACCAACCGAUCCCUUCUUCUAGUCCAGUUGUGCCACAAACUUCUCUUCUCCCCAAUCCUAUUCAAUACCUCCUCAUUAGUUACGUGAUCUACCCACCUAAUCUUCAACAUUCUUGUGUAGCACCACAUUUCGAAAGCUUCUAUUGUCUUUUUGUCUAAACUAUUUAUCGUCCAUGUUUCACUUCCAUACAUGGCUACACUCCAUACAAAUACUUGCAGAAAGGACUUCCUGACGUUUAAAUCUAUACUCGAUGUUAACAAAUUUCUCUUCUUCAGAAACGCUUUCCUUGCCAUUGCCAGUCUACAUUUUAUAUCCUCUCUACUUCGACCAUCAGCAGUUAUUUUGCUACCCAAAUAGUAAAACUCCUUUACUACUUUGUCUCAUUUCCUAAUCUGCAAUAGCGUUAUUGUAACCCAACAUUAAGAUUUUUAUAUUUUGACUAAAGUUCAGUCUUGAUCACACCAUUUAUGUUUCAAUGACAUAGGUAACCGGUU